AUGGGAAUUUGCAAAUCAAAAACAAAAGAUCACGUGGAUGCCUAAUUGUAAGGCUCCUUCGCAUAAGUCAUCAAUUAAGGACCUGAAAAGAACAAUAUUGAGGCUUUGAUCAAUGAAAAAACACAAUCUCAAGAAUUGUACAAUCCAUACAGAAAUCCAAUUCUUAACAGACGUCUUAGAUAGUCUCUAGCCUGA